CUCACCGAAGUCCCUCACCACCGUUGCUCACAUCCGUCGCACAUCGCCACCGCCGCAAAUCGCCAUCGCCCUCUGUCUUUCUCUCACACAGAGCGAGCGAUUGCUGGGUAUUCGCUGCUGUGGUUGUUGAUGUGGGCCACCAUGAUGGGUUUGCCGAUCCAGCUGUUGUCGGCGAGGAUCGGUGUCGCCAGGGGGAGGCACUUGGCGGAACUGUGUAGGAAAGAGUAUCAGUAUUGGGCUGGGUUGUUGUUGUGGUUCAUGUCAGAGCUUGCUUUGAUUGGGGCUAAUAUUCAGGAGGUGAUUGGGAGUGUAAUUGCUAUCAAGAUUCUCAGCAAUGGGUUUUUUCCUAUCUGGGCUGGUGUUAUUAUAACCGCUUCUGACUGUUUCAUCUUUUUAUUUUUGGAGAACUAUGGAGUGAGGAAAUUAGAAGCUGUUUUUGCAGUUCUCAUCUCAACUAUGGCAUUAUCGUUUGCCUGGAUGUUUGCUGAUGCGAAACCUAGUGGAAAAGAACUUUUCGUAGGUCUCUUGGUUCCAAAACUCAGCUCAAAAACAGUUAGGCAAGCUAUUGGAGUGGUGGGAUGCGUUAUUAUGCCUCACAAUGUAUUUUUGCAUUCUGCUUUGGUGCAGUCAAGGAAGAUCGACCCUAAAAAGAAAGGGCAUGUCCAAGAGGCACUAAAUUACUACUCAAUUGAAUCUUCAGUGGCCCUUCUCAUCUCCUUCAUGAUCAACUUGUUUGUUACUACUGUAUUUGCUAAAGGAUUCUAUGGCUCCGCAGAAGCAAAUAAUCUAGGCCUAUUAAAUGCAGGACAGUAUCUUAAUGAGAAGUAUGGUGGAGGGCUUUUCCCCAUUCUCUAUAUUUGGGGCAUCGGGCUAUUGGCGGCUGGGCAAAGUAGUACUGUAACGGGAACUUAUGCAGGACAGUUCAUCAUGGGAGGUUUUAUUAACAUUCGAUUGGAGAAAUGGAUAGCUUUUCCAGAUUAA